AUGAGUGGGGUUCUACGGCUCCUGCGAGCCCUGCGCGCCUCUCGGCCCAGCCCCACAGCCCGCGGCCUGCGCACGGCCGCGCCCCGCCGCGCCUUCGCCAAGGAGCUGUUCCUCGGCACCCUGCGCAAGGAAGAAGUCUUUCCAUACCCAGAAAUUAGUAAUGAAGAACUGGCAGAGAUCAACCAGUUUGUGGGACCUGUCGAAAAGUUCUUCAAUGAAGAAGUAGACUCAAAGAAAAUCGAUCAAGAUGCAAAAAUCCCCUCUGAAACCUUACAAGGACUGAAGGACCUGGGUCUCUUUGGCAUGCAGAUUCCAGAGGAAUAUGGUGGGCUAGGCCUGUCAAACACCAUGUAUGCACGUUUGGGAGAAAUCACAUCCCUGGAUGGCUCCAUUGCAGUGACCCUGGCAGCUCAUCAGGCCAUUGGGCUGAAGGGGAUCCUCAUUGCUGGCACUGAGAAGCAGAAGGCCAAGUACCUGCCCCGCCUGGCCUCGGGGGAGCACAUUGCUGCCUUCUGCCUCACCGAGCCUGGCAGUGGGAGUGAUGCUGCAUCCAUCCAGACAAGAGCAACCCUGUGUGAAGAUGGGAAACACUUCCUGUUAAAUGGCUCCAAGGUCUGGAUCUCCAAUGGUGGCCUGGCAAGUAUUUUUACAGUGUUUGCCAGGACAGAGGUUGUGGACAAGGAUGGGCAGGUGAAGGAUAAAAUCACUGCUUUCAUCGUGGAGCGGGACUUUGGGGGUGUCACCCAUGGGAAGCCCGAGGAUAAAUUAGGCAUUCGAGGCUCCAACACCUGUGAAGUACAUUUUGAGAACACCAAAGUGCCUAUAGAGAAUGUAAUUGGAGAAGUUGGAGGGGGAUUUAAGGUUGCCAUGAAUAUCCUCAACAGUGGAAGAUUUAGCAUGGGCAGUGCAUCUGCUGGAAUGAUUAAGAAGUUGAUAGAGCUGACAUCAGAGUAUGCUUGUACCAGGAAACAAUUCAAUAAGAAACUCAGCCAAUUUGGAUUAAUUCAGGAGAAAUUUUGUUUAAUGGCUGUGAAAGCCUAUGUGAUGGAGAGCAUGGCUUACCUGACUGCAGGGAUGAUGGACAGGCCAGGCUUCCCUGACUGCUCUGUGGAGGCUGCCAUGGUCAAGGUGUUCAGCUCUGAAGGGGCCUGGGCAUGUGUGAGUGAGGCUCUGCAGAUCCUUGGAGGCCUUGGCUACAUGAAGGAUUAUCCCUAUGAGCGCUACCUAAGGGACACCAGGAUCCUGCUCAUCUUCGAGGGAACCAAUGAAAUCCUGAGAAUGUACAUUGCACUGACAGGGAUGCAGCAUGCAGGGAAGAUCUUAACUGACAAAAUUAACUCAAUCAAGAAAGGAAACAUGGGAGUGGCCCUGGGGGAGUUCCUGACCAGGUUACAGGACACCCUGGGCAGGAAGGUGGAUCUGGGGCUUGUAGGUGACCGUGGGGUGGUGCAUCCCAGCCUCCAGGAGAGUGCCAAGAAACUUGAAGAAAACGUUUAUUAUUUUGGAACUACAGUCAGGGGCCUGCUAAGUAGGUUUGGCAAGACAAUAGUGGAUGAGCAGCUGGUGCUGAAGAGAGUUGCAGAUGUGGUGAUUAACUUGUAUGCAAUGACUGCAGCCAUUUCCCGGGCGAGCCGCUCCAUCAGCAUUGGGCUCAGGAACCAUGACCACGAGGUGCUUCUUACAAAUAUCUUCUGCACAGAAGCCUAUUUCAAGAAUAAUUAUGCCAUGGCUCAAUUAGAAAAAUAUGCCGAUGAAAACUUGGAUGAUUCCAUUAAAAAGGCUGCAAAGCAGAUCCUGGAGAAGAGGGCAUACAUCUGCUCCCACCCCCUGGACAGGACCUUCUGAUGCCUCUCUAACAGCAGAACAGUUUAUGCUGCAGCAACCUUGAGAAAUUCCAGAGGGUCUGAUAAGAAAUUCUACAGAUGGUUUGGCUGGGGCACACUACAGCCUAAUGUAGCUACAUUGCUACAUUUCUCCCUUCUUCUUCUUGCACCAGCCAAACCCUCUUUACUGUGUUUUCUAACAAGUGAGUCACCAAUUUUAUUAUGCAUGGAAUAAUUCAAAGCAAUAUAAUAAUGACUACUAGUAAUAACAAAGUUUCCUUUACUAUAUCUUCCAACCAUUCAGUUAUUCCCCAUCCCUUAAACCAUUCAUCUAAACCCCAAUCAUUCACAAUCAGUUUAUUCUGUUAUCUUGUAAUUGUUUGAGUCUCCUGUGAAUAGAUGCAGAAUGGUCAGAGAGAUUAAUUCAUAAAACACAUUCCUUCAAAAUCCUCACACCCAUGCCCAUGUGCUAACAGCAAAAAAAAUCUAUAGCAGCUCUAUUUUGCAGUGUGUUGUGUCUAAUACUAUGUACAUCAGUGAGCAUUUGAUUUAAAACAGCUGAAGUAAUGUUUAAUUGCUUGACUGUCCAGCAUCCCAACUUACUAAGUGUAGUCAAAGCUUGAGCAGCAGCAACACCUGGAAUAAGGAAUGAUGCUAUUAUUCAUUCUGGAGCACCCUAAAACUGUACAUUAUCGUUACAGUCAGAUCCCAAGCCUGUGUCUUCCCUUUUUUCAUCUAAGACAACAAUUUGGUUGCUUUAUAUUUUUUGUGAGCUCUGAGCAAUAUUUGCUUAUGUGUCCAGGCUUCCCACGUUGAAGCAUGUUUUGAUGGCUUCUGUUUGCAUUGCAGCAAUGGCUUGUGUGAGGCAAUCUAUGGAUAAAAUGAAUGGCCCAAAUAUUCCUUGUCUUAUUUCUGUGUAUGUGUCCCCUGGGCUUCCUGCUGGUUGGGCUUGCAGGAUUGCUUUUUCUGAAUGAGCACUUGAUUUAACAUUCAAAG